GUUGGUUCAUUUUACCUAAGCUAAUGAAACAAAAUAACAAAUUUAUAGAAAGCCGGAAAAAGAAGUUCGUAACACUUUGCUUACCCAUCGAAGUUAGCUGCAGUUACUAUUGCAGGUAAAGCAUAUUCCAAAGAUUAGUUUCCAGCUAGUUUUGAAAAAGAUAAUAAGUGAAGGUGAAAGAGUCGAUACAAUCAGAAACAAUGACGAUGGCCGCUCAUCAACAGUUGUGUCUUCGAUGGGACCACCACCAGGGCUCGAUUAUCUCUUCGUUCGUCACUCUGCUUGAAAGUGAAACCCUGGUCGAUUGCACAUUGGCAGCUGAAGGAAGAUUUCUGAAGGCCCACAAGAUUGUUCUCUCCGCGUGUAGUCCAUAUUUCGCGGCAUUAAUAUCGCAGCAGUACGAUAAGCACCCCGUCUUCAUACUGAAGGACGUGAAAUUCCACGAACUCCGGGCCAUAAUAGACUACAUGUAUCAAGGUGAGCUGCACAUCUCGCAAGACCAACUAACUUCGCUUCUGAAGACGGCCGAAUCCUUACAAAUCAAAGGAUUCUUUGCCAGUCGGGAUUCGACCACGUCAUCGUUGAAGCCAUUGGAUAGUGAAAUUUUGCGGCCAGAGACUAGUGAAAAUAAAAAUCUCUUAAAGCCGAUUAGAGAUGAAUCGAAUACAACGCAUAAGCGUCGAAAAGUUACAGAGUAUCAACGUACGGACGAAGUUAAACAGCACAGUUUAGGCAGCUCCGAGAGCGAACCAAAUUUAAACCCCGAACUGAUGAUGGAAAAUGAAGACAACCAAAUGAAGGAUGUGAAACCCUUUGUCGAUUUGACGCUGCUGGAUGAAUUGUAUGGACAAAACCCAACUGAUCAGGACGCUGACCGUAAACAAACUAUGAGUCUCGAUCUAUCGUGUGAUUCCAAAUCCGAGAACGAUGAUUCGAAUCCAUCAACUGAAGGCCCUAACGGCGAACAACUGUCAGACUUACAAAAUUACUUCGAAACGACGGGGCACAAGGCAAUGAUUAUGGAAGACGGCUUGCAGCGCUUUCUAUGCCCGCAGUGUGGUGUCAAGUAUAAGAAACUGUCUUACCUGCGCAGCCACAUGAAAGAGUGCGGAAAAGGAGCGCAGUGUCCCUUGUGUCCAAAGAUUGUCACUCAGCGGAGAAAUUUGCCAAAGCAUAUGGAAACUCAUCGCCAAGGUUUGGUGGUCUAUAAAUACAUGGUGGACAGUGAUUGAACAAAUACCUAUUACUUGUUACCAAAUCUGCAAUCUGUUCUGUGAACCAUGUGGAAUAUUUUAUCAAUUUUUUUUAGGCUAUGCAAAAAACUGUUACCCUUCAUUAGAUAGAAAUCAAAUCUCAACUUAUUUAUAUAUUUUUCUCUAAAAAAAAAUCUACAACAAACAAACCAUCAACAUAUUUUAUACUCUAGAGUGAAUAUUGAAAAGGGCUGUUGCUCAGUAUCAUUAAGGUGCACAGGAAAUUACUUUAGCAUAAAUUAACUGGCUAUGAAUAAAUAUGCACGAGAAAAAAAAUCGACAAAAAAUGUAAACAAGAUUUCAUUUACAAUUUGUCCUCUAUUUUUUAGGCAAAAAAACUAGUUUCUGCAAGUUGUUGUUUAAAUUCGAACAAAGAGGAAAACAAAAAAAAAACCUUAGAGGUUAAGUUAAUCAUUUAAUUAUCAAUUCCAAUUAUGUUAAAUGAUUAUAGUAGUCAUUUCGAAUCGUAGAGCUGAUAGUGAUUACCAUUCUGAAAGUACCGGUUCUCAGUAUAAAGUUUUGGUUUACUUAAGAUAUUCGUUUCUUGGGCAUAAUUUUAAUUAUACUUCUCGAAAGCUCGAAUAACUGUGAAAUAAACCCGACAAAGAAAAAAUCAAAAUUUAAC